AAGCGGAAGUGAUUCGUUGACACUUGUCAGUUGUACUUUCAGUUUAGAUAUAGUUGUUUACUUCAGUAUGUUUUAUUUGUAGAGACUGGAACACAACUAAUACUUAAUAUGUUGAUAGUUGGCACAAUAUUUAUGGCACUACCGCCAGUUGUUUUUCUGCUGUACGUGUGUUUUAACUACUAUGUGGCGGGCAGAAGGAGUGUUUGCAUUGUUGUUUUGGGAGACAUAGGACGAAGCCCAAGGAUGCAGUACCACGCUAUAUCUUUCCUCAAGUCAGGCUUCACUGUGGAUAUGGUGGGCUACUCUGGGUCGGAAGUCCAAGCUGAACUGAAGAAUAAUGAUAAUAUGACUCUCCACUAUAUGAAAGAGCUUCCCUCUUGUUUGAAAGGCUGUCCACGGCUGGUCAGUUACAUGGUGAAGGUGGUGUGGCAGUGUGUCACCAUGGCAGCAGCUCUACUCCUCAUGCCCAAGUGUGGACACAUUCUCGUACAGAAUCCUCCCUGUAUCCCAACAUUUCUGGUUGCUGUAGUUACAUGCUGGCUGCGAGGGGCACGGUUGGUGAUUGACUGGCACAAUUAUGGAUACACCAUUAUGGGGCUUAGUCUUGGUUACACACAACCAAUAGUUAGACUUGCAAAGUGGUAUGAGAGGCUAUUUGGUCGUUUUUCUUCGGAAAACAUCUGUGUAACCCGGGCAAUGCAGGAAGACUUGCAAACCAACUGGGGCAUCAGAUCUAGUGUGAUGUAUGAUAGACCUCCCGAGAUGUUUCACACCACGCCUCUCAAUGACAGACAUCAACUUUUUGUUUGUCUAUCUCAACAGUAUCCGGCAUUCAGACCCUUGUCAGGGGAGAUAAGCAAUGAUGAAACAGCCUUUACUGUUGCUAAUGGUAACGGAGACAGUGGUUCAGACUCAUAUUAUAUUCAGACACGGCCAGCACUUCUCGUCAGUAGCACAAGCUGGACAGAGGAUGAAGACUUCGGUGUUCUGCUAUCGGCCUUAGAAGAUUAUGAAGCAACUUUAUCUGAUGGCCAAUCACCUGACCUACCAAAACUUGUGUGUGUUAUUACAGGCAAAGGACCAUUGAAAGAGUUCUACAGGGAGGCAAUCGAAUCUCGGAGCUGGAAACACAUCGCUUUUUGUCUCCCUUGGUUGACGCCUGAAGACUAUCCUCUACUAUUGGGGUCGGCAGACCUGGGCAUCUGUCUGCACAAGUCUUCCAGUGGCCUUGACCUUCCCAUGAAGGUCGUCGACAUGUUUGGUUGUGGCCUGCCUGUGUGUGCUAUACAUUUCAACUGUUUAAAUGAACUAGUCCAACACAAUGAAAAUGGCUUGGUUUUCAAGGACAGCUCAGAUCUCUCAAAAUGUUUCAAGGAUUUAUUGCACGGUUUUCCCAACCAUUGCAAACAGCUGGACAAGUUUCGUGAGAAUCUCGCCACCUUCAAAUCCUCACGCUGGCAUGAGAACUGGUCACGGACGGUCCUGCCAUUGUUUGAUGAUACCGUCACACACAAGAGGGACUGACUUUGUUUGACAAUACCGUCACACACAGGAGCGACUGACAUUGUAAUACCAUCACACACAAGAGAGACUGACAUUGUAAUACCAUCACACACAAGAGCGACUGACAUUGUAAUACCAUCACACACAAGAGCGACUGACAUUGUAAUACCAUCACACACAAGAGCGACUGACAUUGUAAUACCAUCACACACAGGAGCGACUGACAUUGUAAUACCGUCACACACAAUAGAGACAACAUUGUUUGAUGAUACCAUAUCACACAAGAGAGCCUGCCAUGAUCUGAUAUAUCGCUCACAUCAACACAAGUCUAUGCAUUUAGGAUUUAACCUUGGAAUAACACAAAUAUAUGAUGUGAUAUUUGUGGUAGAUAUAAUGUGAUAUUCAACAUUCAUUUACAAUAAUGUAUGACAAAGAGCUAUGCCAUUCUUUCUAAAGCUGAAAAGGAUGUAUUUAUUACAUUUUUGUGACCUAAAUAAAUUUAUUUUAGUUAAGAAGACAGGACAAAAUACAUUUUUUGUUUAUAUAUUUUAAUAAAUAUUAUUUAAUAGUUCAAUAUAAUUGUGGACUGGCUACAAUAAGAUAAGAAUACACUUGGCAUAUGCUAUACUCAGUUUUUUAUAUGACUGUGCAAUUUUAGUCGAUUCAUUGGCAUGUCAUUUGUUUUAAUGCUUACCGGUUCUGACAAAUAUACUGGAAUACUAGUAGUUUUUUUUUAAUGUUUACAUUAUGCUUUUGUUGAAAUUUUUACAGUGAUUUCUGAAUAAAUGACAUUAUGACUAAGA